UUGGAGAGUUUUAAAAAAAAAAGAAAAAAGGGGGAGACUCACUGCUGAGCCAUGGCAGAUUUUCCCAGUUUUGGCAGGGGAAGGGGGGCAGUUGGUUUUACCCCUCUGCAGUCAUUUGGCAGAGGCAGAUCAAGGUUGCUGACAGCUCCAGUUUCAUCCACACCUAAGCCUGUCCUUACUGAGUUGAAUGAAAGCCCUAUUGAUGUGAACUGUGAUGAUCUACAAAAUGCUAGAUCAGAAACCAGUCCCACAAAAGAGAACCUUUAUGCAGAGAUGGCGACGCAAAUUGGGUUUUCUAUUGGGGAAAGCAUUGCCUCUUGUCUUGAAUCUCGGUUGGGCUUUGGAGUGGGAAACAGUGUUGUUGGGUCUGCCAAUAAUGUGUUAUCAGAACCCUCACUAUUGAAUGUGAUUGUAAAGUCUGAUGUUAAAGAACCUGUGUGUUUUAGAGGGGAUGGCUGUGAUACAUACAGUGUUCAGGAAUGGGAGGAAAUGAUGAUGACUUUUUUUAAGAGAAGAGGGGUACCAGUUGCUGAUCAAGCUGAUGAUGUGCUAAGUAAACUGCUGGGGAGGGCACGAGAAAUAGUCAAGGUGGGCAUACGUAGUAAGCCAUCUGUGUGUCUUGAGAGGGGCCCGGAGCCCAUUUUUGAGAUCUUAAAGCAGCACUUCAGUGACACUGCCUGUUCAAGCAUGCCUUUAGCUGACUUUUAUGCAACACUACCCACCUCAGGUGAAACACCGUUUGACUACUGGCUCAGGUUGAACAGAGCCAUGGAGGUGACAGAAGACUGUCUGAAGAGACAAAAUAAGUCCUUUGCAUAUCUGACAAAAGAGCUGACUGCUAUGUUUAUCCGUCACUGUCCAGACUCAGAACUGUCUCUUAUUUUCAAGUGCAAGCCCCUGCAGCAGUGGACGGUUGCUGAUGUGCACGAGAAAUUGCUGGAGCAUGGCAAGGACCAGAAGUGCACCCCUCAGUUUAGUGCAGUCAGUGCCUUGAGUUUUCGGCGACAGGAGUGUGCUGUGCGGAGUGGUGUGUGGCGAGCCUGUGCACUGAUAAAACACCGUUGUUUCCAUUCAGGUACAUCAUUUGUUGUUGCUGUUACUUUCUUGUAUAUUAUAAAUUGUAAUAUUGCGGCAGUAAUCGCUGCCAGUCUGCCGUAGCCAU